UGAGGCUGUGUUUACAAACGGAUUGUACUUCCGGUCAGUGAGAAGAGUUCGGCAGAAGUCCCAUUCCUCCUUUUGUUUGCAUGUUUUUGUCGUAUUUUUCGGAAAAUGUGUCUGAUACUGACAAACCAAUUACUCGAGAACCGAAAAAAAAGUUGUGACUCGUGUCAUUUUUGUUUUUUAGUUGCGUUAAAGUCAGUUGCUAGCCUGUUAGCUUGACAUUAGCUGUGCCAACAUUGCAGGAUUUGGACAGGUGUGACAUUUAUUUGUAAACGUUCAAAAUGUCGCGUUAAGUGUAUAUUUUUCCGGAGAGGCAGGAUAUAUAUCUCACUGAAUCAUUGUGUAAUUUAAAGCAACAUGCCAUUAGUCAGCUAUUAAACGUAGCUUACCUUUCUGGAGUGUGUCAUGCACCUGAGCCGCCUCCUGUUUGGACUUCUAUCGACUUGCUGCAGGACUGCACACAAGCAAUUAGCAGUCAAUGUGCAAUCAAUUUGGUUUCCUUAUCGUCACACAAGACCAGAGGCUUGUCUCUCUCUGGUCAGCUUGAACAAGAUGGCGUCUGUCAGCAUCUCCCAUGAUAGGCAGCCCUCGGCUGAUGAUAAUAAUAACAAUGAUGAAAAAAAGGAGGAAGGAAACGGUGGUUCUAAAGAUGAAACUGGACUUGAAAGAGGUUCAGAAGAGAGUCAAUGUCAGGUGAAUACAGUUUUCACUGACACUGGAGCCGCCAAUAAGACAAUCACCAAGCGUGAGUCGCGCAAGAAGAAGAGGAAGAGGGCGGGCAGCGGAGGACGAGUGGACAGCGAGGAAGACGCAGAGACAAAGAAAAAGAAGAAACCGAGCCAACGGCCUAACUACUUUGUCUCCAUCCCCAUAACCAAUUCACAGAUAAGCACAGCAGUGUCUCAGGUCCAAGAGGCGUUGCUGGAGCAAGAGCCCCGUCUGGCCAAAGCCAUGAUCCCCGUCCCCACUCUGCACAUCACACUUCUAGUCACUCAUCUGGCUGACCAAGAGCAAGUGGACUUGGCGGCGGCGGUGCUGGCCCAGGUCGAGCCGUUAUUGGCUGAGCUGCUGGCGGGGGUGGAUCUGGUGCUACCCUUCUCAGGCGUCACUCACUUCAGGAACGAGGUGGUGUUUGUCGACCUGACACCUGGACUGCACAGACACAUACUGCACAGCCUGGCAGACUUGUUGCGCGGACGUUUUGAGGAGCUGGGCCUCCUGGAAGGUGACCGUCGUGGGUUUGAACCCCACCUCACCAUUAUGAAGUUGUCCAAAGCACCAAAACUGAGGUCAAAGGGUAUAAAGCGUGUGGACCCAGCACUUUACUCUAACUACACCAGCAGGUUUUUCGGCAACCAGAAGGUGGAGCGUCUGGAUCUCUGUUCCAUGCUCAAAAGAAAGCAGGAGGACGGAUACUACCACACAGAGACGUCACUGCAACUCGGUGGGCGUCGCCGAUCAGAGCUUGAUGAGGCGGAGCUCCUGAGGAUCAGUAAGCGAUUGGUGGACGAUGCUGUCAAUCGGGCUCUGCAGCAAUACAAACAGGAAACGCUCCAGAAUGGGGGCGGUCCCAACGUGCCUGCGGAGGGAACAAUAACAAAGACAGACGACACAGACGCCCGGAAGUGACAUCAUUGGACAUCUGAAGGAGUCCGUGACCGGGCAGCUUGUUGUCCAGCAGGCUUGACGGACUGAGAACGCUUUGAACGCUCAGCUCCAAACCAGCGCGCUAACCUCCAAGGCUAGCCCGUCAUGCUAGUUUGACUCAGGUAGCAGCCAAAAAAGUGCCAAUUGCUCGUCGCUUUUUGUCUUUGCUAAUUUGCUGCUUUGCGUCAAGAGUUGUCGCUCACAUGAUUUUUUAUGUUUUUUAACUGAGAACCAGUCAACCAUUGCGCAAAAGACAUGGUGAGAUUCCUAAAGCAUAACAUGUUGCACGGCGCUACGUUCGCCUAACAUGAUUUGUCACUACACGUGUUUGACUGCCGUCCUGGAGGGAGACAAUCAUUGUCAGCACAAAAACACUAGUCAUGUUAGCGUAGAACCACAGUGGACUACGCUACGCUACAGGACGAGUGCUUCUCCUUUACUAUCAUGACUUCCUGUUAGUUAUUUUGUACGAUAUUACCACGUUAAGUCUUCGCUGACAAUGCACAAAUCUACUUUAUUCACUAUUACACCUCACUUUAUUAACCGCUGCGUAAUCGUAGCCAUGCUUGAUGUUUACUACUGUUGACGCUAGUUUAACACUUUUCAAGCGAUGACUGAAGACCUGUCGCCCCCUAGUGGCCUGGAGCCCAGCUCAUUCACACACAAGCAUGGACGUCACUGUGAAACUUAAAGGACAAUAGUUCACACGUAUAGACGUUAUGUCAAGUUGGGUGAAAGAGUUGCGCUAAAUCUGCAUUUUUAUCCUCUAACUUUGGCCUUUUUUGGGAGAAAACUAAAUGCUUCCAUUGCGUGAUUACGACAUAGGUUAUCCCUUUUGUAUGUCAUUUAGCAAGUAGAUUUUUUUUGUUGUUGUUUCUUAUUUUGGCAGAUUGAUUUUGUUUUUGUUGCCAUUUUUUGUUCAUUUAAUUUGUCAAAUUG